UCAUUCCGGACCGGACCUGUAAUACUUGCUCUGUGAUUCCGGACACUAAUAUUUUUUUUUAAUGCUGAGAGAAUGGUGUUUUUAUUUGUGUUUUAAACAUUAUAUGUUUGACAAAAAUAUGUAUAUUCUACAUAUUGGUAAAACCUGAGUAUCUGCAGCGUGAGCAAAGGAAAGAUGAACGGAUCAAGUAGCAUUGUUUCGCAAAAUUCUCUGCUCAUGUCUGCCAGUAAUAAUGGAACACAAGGAACAACGACAUUGACGGUAUCAAAUGUUGAUGGAGCUGCUACAUCAAGAGACAAUGCACGUGAAAACCCGGAGGAUUUUUACGACCUCAAGGGAAAAGUUGAGUCUCGUUUAUUAUCUAUGUGGAAUAACAUGAAAUUUGGAUGGACUGUUAAACUAAAAACAAAUUUUUCAAAAGAAUCACCUGUUUGGCUCUUAGGACGAUGCUAUCAUCGAAAACUCAGUCCAAGUGGUUCAUUAGAAUCAUCUACAGAAAUUGGUACUGAGGCUACAGCCAAUGAACCUGUGGAACAAAUAUAUGGAGAAGGUAUAGAAGGCUUUAAAUCGGAUUUCAUUAGCAGACUAUGGAUGACAUACAGGAGAGAAUUCCCUACAAUGUCUGGCUCCUCAUUUACCACUGAUUGUGGUUGGGGAUGUAUGUUAAGGAGUGGGCAAAUGAUGUUGGCUCAAGCAUUAGUUUGUCAUUUUCUAGGGCGUUCAUGGAGAUGGACACCUGAAAGACCAAUACAAAAUGCUCGAGAAUUCCAAGAAGAUUGUCUUCACCGCAUGAUUAUUAAGUGGUUUGGAGACAAAUCCUCUGUGAACAGCCCUCUUUCGAUCCAUCAGAUGGUAAGGUUAGGAGAGGCAUUAGGGAAAAAACCUGGAGAUUGGUAUGGACCAGCAUCAGUUGCCCAUUGUUUAAAAGCUGUGAUGAUUGCUGCUUCAAAAGAGAAUUAUGAAUUUGAUAAGUUAGAUGUUUAUGUUGCUCAAGAUUCAACUGUAUACAUUCAAGAUGUUUAUUCUUUAUGUAAAUUACCAAAUGGCUCUUGGAAAUCCCUUAUUCUGUUAGUACCUGUGAAGUUGGGCUCUGAGAAGUUUAAUCCUAUAUAUGGACCUUGUUUAACAUCAUUGCUGACAUUGGAUUUCUGUAUAGGAGUAAUUGGUGGCAGGCCAAAACAUUCCCUUUAUUUUGUUGGUUACCAGGAUGACAGAUUAAUUCAUUUAGAUCCACAUUACUGUCAAGAAAUGGUUGAUGUAUGGCAACCAAACUUUUCACUCCAAAGCUUUCACUGCCGAUCUCCAAGAAAAAUGCCUAUUAUUAAGAUGGAUCCAUCUUGUUGUAUAGGUUUCUAUCUAGCUACACACAACGAUUUUGAAACUUUUGUGAAUAUUAUAGGGUCAUUUUUAACUCCUCAGGGAGUGUCAUCAAAUCAUGAAUACCCUAUAUUCACACUCCAUAAUGGUUCCCGUAGUAGUGUAAUGAACCCUCCAAAUAUCCGAUAUUCUAUAUUUGAAACAGAUCGAAACUGGGUUGCUCCCAUACAAGAUAGUGAUACAGAUCUAGAAUCUGAAGAGUUUGUCCUAGUUUAAUGGAAUCAUAUUAAUGUGUUGUAUUGAUUUUGCAGAGCAACGUGAAAUUGCUUAAAAAUUUAGUGAAAGAUAAUAUAUUGUAGAAAAUUAUAGUAUAUGUUUGAAUGAGAGUAAUUUAAGGGGCUUAAUUAUUGAUCUAAACUAAUUUAUAUGAACAAUAUAAUAUAAUGAUUACACUGAAA